UCUUUAUUUUGUUGACUUACCAGUGUACUGGUGUUAUUUCUCCAGUAUCUGUGAACACAUAUUGCACAUCAGAGUAGCUCUGUUCCUGCAGGUUUACUGGAAAACAUGCACAUUCAUAAUUUUCUUUUUUGUGUGAUUUUGUGCCUUUUCAGUCCAGUUUUCUCAGAUGAAAAUUUUAUACAAUUCACGUCAUGUUGUACGUUCAAGGGUCCAGGUUUGAAAGAUAUAGAAUAUAUUAUAGUAAAUCGUUUUAAUGAAAAAGUAAUGAUGCAGUACAACAGCACAAGAGGCAACUGGAAAGGAUUCACUCCCUAUGCAAUUGAAAUAACAAACAGUUGGAUCCAUGAUCCCUAUGAUGCACUAGAGAGAGCGUUUGAAAUGAAGAUAUUGUGUGAAGACAACAUAGAUGCCGUCCAACAAUUAGGUAAUCUCACCUCUGCACCCACCAUCAAGAUGAAUUUAGUGAAGCACCCGUCCAUGCUUGUGUGCAGUGCCUACAACUUUUAUCCAAAACAAAUCCGAAUAACGUGGUUGCGGAACGGAGAGGAAGUGACCUCAGCUGUCAGUUUUUCUGAGGUGAUGUCUGAUGGGGAUUGGUACUAUCAGGUUCAUUCCUACCUGGUGCACACCCCGACUCAAGGAGAAAGAAUGACCUGCAUGGUCGAACACCUCAGCCUCUCUGAACCAGUGCUUCAGGUCUGGGACCCUCACCUUCCAGUGACAGAACGGAUCGAAAUCGGUAUGGGAGUGUUUGCUCUGAUGCUUGGUUUUGUUAUUCUGAUCUCUGGAUUCAUCUACUACAAGAAAAAGUCUGCGGCACACUUUACUUUUUGCCAAGGACGAGUGUCCAUUCCUGUGGAAGACCUCCCUGCAGCUGAAGCUACAUAACAGUAGGCCUACUGUUGGGACAUACCAUCCAAGAAUGAAUAUGACACUGAAAAAUUAUAUUGGACAGUUGCAAUUCUGUGUAUCUCAAGUUUUAGUUCAGCCAUUCUUGUCAUGGUCACUCUUUUAUAAUGGAUGCGGUGAUGGGCAGCGCUUUGCAGCUUGUGCAUAAAGACCACUGAACAGUGUAAAUCAGAUGGCACACAUAUGUUUAUGUUAGCAGCAGCAGCAGCUAAAACCAAAUGCACUAUGUGUGGUCGUGGUUUUAUUCCUGCUUGCAGUGUGGUAGUGGGCACUAACUAGUGAAAGCCAGCAACAGCAUGAGCAAUAACAGGUAUGGAAAUAGUAAAACUAACAUGUAUUUAUUGCUGUAUGUUAAUGUUCUGAACUGUAUGAA